AUGGCGGACGGGAAUAAAUAUUUCGAGAUCAAGGAAAUCAAUGAAGUGAUUGCAAUGUUCGAUGUCACUAUUUCCCAUGUGAGCGCUUCAGACUGGAAAGAUGUCUGGUUCGAAUAUACAGCAAAACAACGAGCAAAUGGUCUGUUAUGGCGAGUUGUGAUAUUACAAGAGGAAUUCAUGCCAGACACUGAAGAUUGUGUUAAUACAUUAAUGUUUAACUUCAGUCAUGUCUGUAUUGAUGGCAUGUCUUCUGUGAAGUUUUGCAAGCAAUUUCUUAAUAAUAUGAAUGAACUUGCAAACGGUACUGGCUGUGUAGAUCACGAAAUCUCCAGUCUAGAUCUGUUGCCACCUUUCCACGAGAUUGUCACACGGGGACGAAUUUGGCAUUCAUUAUUUAAUUUUAUGCUGGCUUAUUGCGGCGUACGACCGAUUUUGAAAUUUUGCGUGCAAAGACUGUUAGGUCCCUUCAUAGAAAAGAAGCCGAAUAAUCCGUAUCACGAGCAGUUCCCACCAAAUUCACUUGUCCCUAACUCACUCAUACCGAUUCGACUGAAUGUAAAGAUAUUCACUGGGACGAAACCAAGAAUAUUAUUCAAGCCUGUAAAGCAAAUAAUUGCACAGUAACUGGAGCUAUCACAGCAGCGGCACAUUUAGCCUUUUGUGAACUUAUACAAGACAAUCAAUCGAAAUAUAUGAAGUUAGAGUCCUUCCUUGCUAUCAAUGGUCAACGCUUCUGUAAUCCAAAACCGCACGACGAUUACCUGGGUUAUUUUGUGUAUGUCAAUCAGGACUUUACACGAAGUAUGUAGCAGGCGGUGGUGUUGAUUUUUGGAAGUUAGCUCAAGAAACUACUCAGCAAAUAAAAGAGUUCGUGGGGAAAGAAGCGUAUGUCGUUGAAGCCACGCUAAUUAGUGCAAUAAUAGAGCCAAGAGAUCUUGUAAAAUUAUUCAUUAAUGAUAAGUUAUUUCCGAAAUCCGGAUGCAAUUUCAUAUCAAGUUUCGGAUCUUUUCAUUUAGGCGAACAGCAACAUGACACUUAUAAACUACAUGAAUGUAUUAUAAACACUCUUGUUCAUAAUAUGAACUGUACUUUCUUUCAUUUUAACUAUACUAUUAAUGGUAAAAUGACCUGGCAAAUAGCCAGUAAUGUUACGGUAGAUAGUAACCACGCUGAGAAAUUUUCUAACCUUUGCUUCAAUAGAUUUAGUGAAAUGGGACUUGGUGUAGUGUAA